UGGGUGUUUUAUGGGCAUCCCACCCGUGUGCAGAGGAUUUCCCAGCUGGAGAGACGUUUGUUGGAAUUAGUGAUCAACAUCCAAACUGAAGCUGACGCCAAAGAAUCAAUGAGAAGGUCGGAAUUGGAGGAAGCGCGGAGAAUCAGAUCAGAGAUGCUGCAGAAGGAAGCCAAGUCCAGCCAGGAGAAGUUUGAGGAGAUCACCAGUAGAUGGUCCCUUGCCGAGCAGACUGCCAUCCCUCAGGAGCUGCAGGAAACUUUGACCUGGCAGCAGCUGUUGUGUGCGGAGCUCAUUGAAGACAAAAGGAAAGUCAUAAAAGAUCUACAGCAGGAGUUGAAAUUUGGAGAUGAUCGCUACGUGAAGGACUUGAGGAGGCAGGCGGAGGAGAUGGAUGCGAUGAUGAAGCGGUCCGAGGAGCUCAUCAGUACGCUGAUUCAGGCCUACAGGGAGGAGCUAGCCCACAUUGAGAGCGUGUACCAGCAGGAACAUGACGUCUUGCUGACAAAAGAGCAGACAGAAUGGGAGAACUGCGUCAAGGAACUAUGGGACAACCAGGAAGUGAGGCUGAUGGAGAGGAGGAGGGCGGUGGAGGAGUACGAAGCAAAGAUUCAUAAUCUGAUGAUGAAUCCGGAACAGAAGUACGACGCCAUGAGGGCGGAAUACGAUGCAAAGUUUCAGGAUCUGGAAAGGGAACAUCAGCAGAUGUUGGCCGACAGCAUGAUCAGCAACAUCAAGCACAUGAAACACAAGGCUGACAGAGAUGGGUCCAGCCUGGCCCACAUGAAGAGCAGGAUCACCAGUCUGCAGACUGAACUGAAGAACCUGAGGAGCAAGUAUACCACUCAGCAGAAACGGUCGGAAAAACAGAGCAGGCGUUUGUCCGACGACUACAAACGUAGCAUUGAGCAGUAUGAACGAAUGCAACUGAGAAUCAAGCACUUUGCAGCGACUGACGCCAAGCAAUUCGAGGAAACGUGGCGUAUGCUUGACAAGGAGAUCAGGCAACAGGCCGAGAAGGCCGUCCUCAUCGACUCACUGAUAUGCAAGCACCACCUCGGUCUAGCUUGGGAGAGACCUCGGGGGGACUCCUUUGUGGGUCCAGUCCAUCUUCAGAAACAGACAAGUAUGGAACACGGGGCGACAAAUGUCAACUCUGAUGGGAUGGAUGCGGCAUCAGAGACGGAAAAGGUCUCCAUGGAGACGUUGAAGGAGCUCAUGGAGCUGCUGUGUGAUGAGUCGGGCUUCCUUGUGGAGGACAAAGUCCAGCUGCUGUCUACCUUGGACAAGGAAGAACGGAACGUUGUGAAGCUGGACGCGCUUCUCUAUGCUUUUGGCAUAGAAGAGGAGGAUAUGCCCAAAUUGGCUGCCUUCCUUCUAAAUGACCACCAGAGGGAGUCCUAUCAUGAUAUUAGCACCAAGACACAGGGAGGGGCCACCAGCUCCUCAUCUAAUCUGACCUCUGACCUCAUCCAGCCAAACCGCAUCAUGCCUGCUCUUAAGAACUUCCUCAAGCAGCACCACCGCUUCAGGAGGAUCUCCACCUCUGAGCAGCCUCGCUACUGGAGUGCCGACAUGUGGGAUUCCUCAGCAGAUAAAACCCACUGGGAGAGUCUGGCCAACAUCAUCCCUGAGGAUAAACUCAAAGUGUGGGAUGCAGCUGAGAUCAUACUAAAAAAGCACUUGGCUGUCCUUACAGAGAUCUCAGAUUGCAUGCCUGAAAUUGAGGGUCUGGAGCAGCAGAAUGCAGAACUUCGUAUGCUGCUGCAACAAAACAACUCAUGAGUAUGUGCAUUUCUCAUUAUUCUUCUUCGUUAUCUUAGUUUUAAAGCUCUAAAGUGUGAAAAAAUGUGCAAUGACUUGUUAUUAAGUCAAGCAUAAAAGGAUAUCUCACCACCACAACAUUGUCAUACAUCAACAUAAAUAACCACCGACGCAAUGUUGUUGUUGUUCUGUUUAUUUCAAAACUCAAAAAAAAAAGUAUUGCACACGUUUGUAUAAAGUGAAACCCAUGGUAAAAACAGGCAGCUUUAGUGCAAACAGUAAGUGUGUCGUCGGUGAACACUCGGAUCACAAACAGCAGGUUGAGUACAGGCAGGCAUAGAAAAACACACACAAAAAAAUGUCAUCUGAUUUUGGGUGGGGCCGACAGUUCCCAUCCGUUUCGACCAAAGACCUAUGUUGACGACGACAAAAGAAGCUUUAUCAAGACAUGCUAACAUGCGACCUGCAUGCCCUUUGAUGUAUACGGCCACAUUUGUGUGCAAAGAAAGAAAAAUUGUUUUUAAUACAAUACUUCUAUUUGCUUGACGCCAGAUUUAUGAGAGCUCAUUGUAUGAAAUAAUACUAAUUUUCUAACUAAAUAAAUAUUUUAGACGUCUUGGUUUAUUUCCUUAGCAAAAUAGACAUCUGAUUUCUUUUUCUGGAAUAUUUUCUAGAUGUGUGCAAACACUGCGUGAGCUACACUUGAUUUAAAAAAAAAAAAGCUUUAAAGUGGAAAUGUAACAAUUCCACACUAUUAUACAUUAAAUUACACCUGUAUAAUAAGAAAAUGAAAUCAUCCUUGUUGGGACAUUCCACAGUGGGGGCUACCUCAGAGAUUUAUAUAAUGUAAAACAUCAUGUGGACCAGCCAGGACACCUCAUGUUUGAUUAGCAAUUGUGUGCAUUGUACAGUCUUGGUCAAAAAUAUUGUCAUACCAAAUAUGUGAAUAUUUCUACCCAUGACUGUACGUAUUGAAAAUGGAACAAAAUUCCACUUGACACCUGUAGGUGGUUCCCUAGAGCAAGAUAACGAAUUAUUCCCGAUGUUUGGAGAGUGAAAUGAGAAAGUAAUGUAUUUCCUCGCUCCCUGCGGCUGAUGGAGAGAGCCUUCCACACUUUCAGGCGCCAAGCAGUUUCUUGACAAGGUAGCCUGGCAUGCUGUAGAGGAACAGGCCCAGCAUGACGAGCAGGAGCAGGGCCAGCACAAUCUUGAUGAUGAGCCACUUGUAGCGGUUGCACACCAGGUAGCGGAUGGCUUUCAGCGGGCUCAGGAACCACAGGAAGGUGGUGUCUGGGCGGCUUGACGAGCGGAAGAGAGGAUGAGAGACACUUAAUAUGCAUCAUAUUUAGAAUGAUUGAAAAAUAAUUCACAAGGUGGUGCGGUAAUGCAGUGUUAUGAAGUGAUGGCACAUGCUGAGUUGCCAGACUGUGGGUCAUUUUUCUUUACUAUAUUGUUGUGUCCGUUCAUGCAAUGGCCCCACUGUGGGCUACUUAGUACCUUAUAUAUUAUUUAAAGGCACAUUUAAAUGCUACCAUUAACUAUUUUAAGCACAGUUCAAAAAGUUAAUCCAAGAGAAAUUUCAAGUCAUGGUUUCUAACAGUGGUUAAAAUCAUCCCGGCACACUAUUAUUACUGUACUGAUGUCAAUCGAUUAUAAAAGCA